AAAUAGCUGUGAGGAUGAAGAAACAGCCGGCCAACCUUCGAGUGAGGCUACCUGUCUUUCUGUUCCUAACUGAGGUGAUUUUCAUUGCCCUUUUUGCAGCCUUUGUCACCUACGAUGAGCACGCUGACGCCCGUUUUCAGACCAACCAGACAAACCCGAUGCACAACGCGGUGUAUAGGGACUACCCCUUCUUUACAGACAUUCAGGUCAUGAUUUUCCUCGGCUUUGGGUGUUUGCUGGCAUUUUUCCGGCUCUAUGGUUUUGGUGGGAUGGUUUUCAACUUUCUGACAGCAACUUUCGCCAUCCAGUGGGCCAUUCUUGUGCAGGGGUACUUCCAGUUCUACCACGAUGGGAAGAUCCACAUUGGGGUGAUCAACCUCAUAAAUGCAGAGUUUGCUUGUGCCGUUGUCCUCAUCUCCUUCGGGGCGGUGCUGGGAAAGACCAGCCCAUUGCAGCUGCUGGUCAUGGCUCUGCUGGAGGUGCCGGUGUUUGCGGUCACAGAGUGGGUGGUGCUGAAGUACCUGAAGAUCAACGAUGCAGGAGGGUCUAUUCUCAUUCAUCUCUUUGCCUGUUACUUUGGUUUGGGUGUCACCUUUGUGCUGUACAGGUCUGGUCUAAGUGAAGGUCACGUGAAGGAGAACACCAGCUACAAUUCUGACAUCCUGUCCGUGAUGGGGACCUUGUUCCUCUGGGUGUUCUGGCCCUCGUUCAACUCUGCGCUGACACUGAAAGGAGAUGACCAGCACAGGGCUAUCCUCCACACCUUCAUCGGCCUCAGCGCCUCCACGCUCACUGCUUUUGCUCUCUCUGCGAUGCUCAACAAGAACGGUAAACUCUCCAUGGCUGAUGUCCAGAAUGUGACCCUGGCUGGAGGUGUGACGGUCGGAGCAUCUGUAGAUAUGAUGAUAUCGCCUGCAGCAGCAUACGCUCUGGGUAUGUUGGGCUGCACUGCCUGCAUGCUGGGUUACAAAUACCUGAGUCCGUUCUUGGCCCGGCACUGCAAGAUCCAAGAUCAGUGUGGGAUACAUAACUUGCAUGGACUAACUGGACUUAUUUCAUGUGCCGCGGGGAUAUGUGCCAUACUGAUGGCUGAUGAGGAGGUUUACGGUCCCAGUAUAUAUGAGAUCUUUACCCACAGAGCACCAGUGGAGGGGGACCCAAAGCUGUAUGAGCUCCAGGCAUUGAUCCCAGGUAUACAGGCAGGUUUGGGGAGGACUGCCCAGGAACAGGCCAUCUUCCAGGUGGCAGCUGUGUUCUCCACAAUAGGCUUGUCGGCUCUGGGAGGCAUCCUCACAGGUUACGUGCUGAGGUUGCCUCUCCUCGGAUCCCCUUCUGAUGAUUUUUGCUUCGAUGAUGAACUCUUCUUUGAGGUUCCUCCAGACUAUGAUUCACCAUUUCAACUUGGUAACAAAAUUGCUACAGAGGAGUCUGCUGCUUAA